AUGGGAAAUGGUGUUUCACCAAAUAUAAGUUGUGGAGAUGCUUCUGGUGAUGGAUGGCCAGAUUGGGAGGCUGACCAGACACAGCCAGGUAACAAUCAGCAAUAUCUACAUCAAUCACAUACUCCAGAAAGAUUUGUUGAAGAUACAAGAUGCCCAUCUCAUCAGAGUCUUGAGGGACAAGAAAGUCAACAACAACCUCAGCAACAGCCAGAUGAUGGCUUAAAACCAGAAAAAACACAGGCUAAUCAGACAGCUGAUAAUAUCAAUGCUGUAAAUUCUCAUAGUUGCACACAUUCAUAUAACUCUACUACUGGUGUACUGGCAGCAGCAGGUAGUACUCCUCAUACUAAACAAGACUCCUGGAGCUGGGAAUCAAAUGAGUUUGAUACAGUUGAGGAUAAUAGAACAACUCAGGCUUAUCCAGUAGUCUCAAGGGACACUCACUUUGGGUAUGAGGCUUAUAAUGACCCUGUUGCUGAACAUCAGAAAUUAUCUCAUGGGGAUGUUAAUACUGAAAAUGUACCACCUGUUGAAAGAGAUUCUUCUCAAGCUACCAUGACAGAAUCUGUUCCAGCAAAUCAGAUCUCAACCUCUACAGUGGUUAAUAAUUGGGAUGAUGGUUGGGGUGAUGGUUGGGAGGCUGAAGUUCACACUUCUAAAGAUCCGUAUUUAGAGCAGAGCAACAAUGCUGAAGAAAUUGGCUCAAAUAAACAUGCUCUAGAAGGAGAUCCAUCUCAUCCAAAGCCACUAGAACACCAGUGCAGGGAAUUUUCAUACCAGCCUGAAAGGGUAACAUGUGCAGAAAAUGAAGUGGCAUCUGAGCCAGACCAGCAGCAAAAAGAAUAUAGUCAGAAAAACUAUGGUUUACAGACACAGAAUCAAGAAUAUUUUGACAACAUUCCAGUUACUUCAGCAGCAGGAUGGGAUGAUGGAUUGGAACAAAACCAUGAAAUCAGUUAUCCAUCUGAUCAUGUUAAAGAGAUAACUGGGGCCUGUGGCACCAGUGAUAACUUGACAACAAAUGCAGUUGUUACUUCAAUCACUGAGGCAGUUGAUGGAAUGUCAAUAAGAGAAGAUUUACAGCAAGUGAAGGAAGAGUUAGCCUCUCUGACACUUCAAGAGCACAAGAACCCUCAGGGAUCCCUUCAGCAGCAGCAGGAUGAUAAUGAGACAAAUAUAAAAUCUGAAAUUUAUCCAAGGAGGAGUUUCAAAAACAAGAUCAUCAGAUAUAUCAGCAGCAAGAACCCCUUUCUUGGCUUGGUCAUCAGCAGGAGAAACUUGAAGAUGCUCAUUCAGAAUCUGAUCUUCAAGCACAACAACAACAACAGCAACAGCAACAACAACAACAACAACAACAACAACAACAACAACAACAACAGCAACAAGCAACAGCAACAGCAACAGCAACAGCAACAGCAACAGCAACAGCAACAGCAACAGCAACAACAACAACAACAACAACAACAACAACAACAACAACAUCAACCCCAUUUACAGCCUCUGCAGGCAUCAGUAAUGUCAAGUCAAGUUGAAACUGGAUAUGAACAUGUAGAAAGCCAAAAUGUAGAAAGCCAAAAUACUCAUUAUCCUCAAGAAGUUCCUGGAGACACCAAGCUGUUCAACCCGCAAGAAGUUCUUGGAGACACCAAGCUGUUCAAUCCUCAAGAAGUUCUUGGAGACACCAAGCUGUUCAAUCCUCAAGAAGUUCAACCUCACCUCUUCCAGCCUUCCCAAAGUUAUGAUCACCAAUUUCAUAUACAAAACUCCCAAGAACUUUCUGAUCCUGGUCAUCCAGUGACUUCCCUGGGUGCUGAUCCCCUGCUAAUGAGAAUUCCAGAUGGAGCCUCAUCUGUCUCUGAAAUGCCACCUACCAAAGCAGUGGAUGAAGACAACUGUACUCGACAAUCUGACAGGGAACCACAGCUGGCCUCUGUCCAGGCUAACUUAGAAUCUUUAGAUCGUCCCUCAUCAACACAGUCUGCCCUAUCAGUUCAUUCUACCCACUCAAGUGUGCAUGAUACAUCUCUUCACCCAUCCCAACUGCAGAGGCCCCUAUCUUCCUAUGCAACAGAGAGACCAACCUCUAAUCAGUCUGCUAAUUCUAUUCACUCUCUUAAUUCAGUUAAUUCCAAUCGAUCAUCUCUCUCAGUCCAUCCAAGUCAGGAAGAAUCUUUGGUAGAGAAUCUUCAAAUGCCAACCCUUGAGACAUCUUCCUUUCAAGCAGUGCCACAAGAGCAAAAGACAGACCUACCUGUCCCCUCUAAUGUUACCAAAAAUAGUUUUGAGUCAUCCAAUGAUAAUGGCAUAGAUCCAACUGCUACCCCUACUGGGCUUCCUAUUGGCCCACCUCCAGUAUCAGGUCCUUUAGGUGCUAUGCCAAAUCUAAAAGCAAGAAAAGGAAGUCCUUUCCAGCCUCCAAGCAUGAAAAGAGGCAUUGUGCAAUUGCAAAAUAAACCAGUGCCUCAAUCUAUGUCUACUGAUCCAGUUUUGAUGGACCCCUCAGCAGCUGCAAAUGAUGAUCCCCCCCCUGAUAACAAUGAGAAUCCAAAUGACACAGAAAAAAGUGGAGCACCACUUUGGUCAAAUACAGAGGAUGUUCCUAUGAAUGUCAAACUUGCUGUAGCUGCACCAUCUGUACCAGAGACUAUUCCAAAUCAGCAGCCAGUGGUGUCAAGUAACUCUAUACCAUUAGUGGUACCUGGCAUGGUAAAGGAGGAAAUAGCUGAGGCUGAGCCACCAGUUGCACACAGCAACUUUGAGCAGCUACCUUGGGUUUCUCCAGAACCUCCAGCAGCUCAUAAUGCUCACUUCCUCCCUCCAACAGUAAAACCAAAGGUGCAGUCUCUCAGUAACAUACCUGCUGAUUCUUCCUCACCAGCAGUUUUGGAUUUAUCAAGACCUUCAAGAUCUGCAACAGAACCACAUGGUGAUGGAUCUCAGAAGACUGAAACACCAAGUUUUAGUCGUAUGGUCCCAGGUGAAUCGAGCAAAGAUGCUUUGGCUACUUCAGCAUCAACCUACCAAGCCCCAGUUGUGGUCCCAUCAAUGCCAUCAGAAAGAGUGGUAACAGGUAAUGAUAAUCCCCAGCCAGUGCUACCAGUCAGGAUUAAGCAAGAACCUACUGAGGUUAGAUCUCCUCCAGAUGGUCCUGAUACAAGUGACCCCUUGAAUCAAGGAGCUUCUGUUGUGCCACCUGUCCGAAGUGAAACUAUUGGGUCUGAAGAACCAGCUGCAAGGAAUUUCACCUCCACUAACUCAGGAAGCAGACCAGAUUUGACAAAUGAUCACAGAAAUGAGAGAAGUGGAAGGUGGGAAAGGGAUCAUUCACGGGAAAGGGAUAGCAGGAGCAGUGAUCGUUAUCGUGACAGAAGUCAUGAACGUAGUCGAGAUUACUACAGGGAUGACUCACCACAUAGUAGGAGAUCCUAUGAUAGAGAUUAUGAUCGAAAAUAUGAUGAUGACAGAAGAUGGCGACGAAGAGAGUCUGAUGAGGAUGAUGAUAACGAUAGACGUUAUUAUGAAUCACGGGACAGGAGAGAAAGAGCUUACAGGGAUGAAUUAGAUCGCUAUAGUGACAGACCUUUAAAGGAGGAGAAAGACAGAGUUCAUCGAGAAAGUAGAGAUUUGAGAGAUAAACGACGUGGUUAUCAUGACAGAUCUAAGGAUUACUACCAUAGUUAUGAUGAUGAUCCCUACUAUGGCAGGUCAGAUAGGUCACAACCAGUAUCAAGAUCAAGCAGCAUCAAUAACUUAGAAAACGAUGGUGAUCGCUCUGGUCACUCACACCGAUCUCGCCAUGACUACUAUGAUCGACAUGACCGAAAGGACUCCCGUUCCAGGGACUCAGAUCCUCGGGACAGGGAUGGCCUAUACUCCAGGGACCUAAGGGAGAGAGAUUCCUCAUAUCACAGAGACAUGAGAGAUCCAAGGAGAGAUCCUCGUUUCUACAACCAAAGAGGUUAUGAAGAUCCUUAUGGCUCCCGGGAAGUUUAUGACCAGUACCAGUAUUACUAUCAGUACUACCGUGAUAACCCAUAUUACAAAGAGUACUAUCGACAAUGGAUGAAACAGUAUGGACAUGCUUAUGCAUCAGAGUCAUUCUAUGAUGAUCGAACCAGCAUCCACUCUGGUCGCUCCUCAGUUAAUGAUGAGCUUAAAAAAUCCAUCAGCAGUGGUGAACUAAGUGGUGUUCCAUCAGUAACUGAUGAUGCUCCCAGUGAAGCUCCACAGCGUAUGACCCCAGUGCAGUUUGGCAGACCUCAUAUUAGUGCUUCCUUCACACGUGGUGGCCAGCUCCUGAUGGUGUUACCUAAGGAUCCCAGAGAAGGAGAAAAGGCUGUUGUACAGCUUCGUGAUGUACAGAAGAUGCUAUGCUUAGAUCCAGUGCUAAAGGAGACAAUACAGCAGAUGAAGAGUUAUCCAGGACCCCUCACAUUAGCUGAUACACACAAAGAAGUUGUUGUAAAAUAUUGUUACAAUCAAGUGGCUGAGGCAGCAGACAACCCUAGCUUAAAUGAUCGUGACUCUGUUGUGCUAAUUUGGGAAUAUUUAGCACUACUUGUAAAGCAAAAUGGAAAAUUAUUUGGAAGCGAUAUAGCAAGUCUGCUGUUGAAGGGAAGAGAAGUCAGCUCACAGACCCAGCAGGUGACUCCUAAUACAACUCCAGAUGAAAUUCCAAACACUCCUGCCUCAGAUUCAAGUCCUCAAGAUGAAGGUAUUGAUAUUCACUCUCAGACAAGUCCACCAACAGCUGUAAAGGAUGAAUCUUUGCUUUUGAAAAAGUUCUGUGAAUAUCUUUGCUUGGGAAGGAAAAGAGAAGCUGUUGAUUAUGCAAUGAGAGAAGGUUUAUGGGGCCAUGCUCUUGCUCUGUCUUACAAAAUGGAUGGAACAACCCAUACCCGUGUAUUAGCUGCCUUCUCCAACUCAAUACCUCAGACAGAUGUAUUGCAAACUCUCUUCCAGCAGUUGUCUGGAAAGAGACCAGAAAUUACAAAGAGUUACAACAUACAGCAAUGGGGUGACUGGCGGCAACAUCUAGCAGUGAUGGUAUCCAAUCCAACUGGCCACACUCAACGAGACCGGGCUUCUAUUGUGGCUUUAGGAGACACCUUGGCAUCAAGGGGACAACUUCAUGCAGCACACUUCUGCUAUCUGGUAGCUGAUGCAGAAUGGGGAACCUACUCAAACAAGUCCUCACAGCUUGUUCUGAUUGGCUCAUCACACAAUCUGCCUUUCCAGGCAUUUUCCACCAAUGAAGCUAUACAGUGCACAGAAGUGUAUGAAUUUGCAAGAUCUUUAGAUAGCAGCAACCCAGCGCUGGAGACCUUCCAGUCAUAUAAACUGAUAUAUGCUUUGAGAUUAACAGAAUAUGGAUUCCCAUCAGAGGCUUUGAGAUAUUGUGAGGUAAUAAGUCAGCUUGUGAGCAAAGCAUCCAUGUCCUAUCCAGUAGAAUUCCUUUCCCAAGUGUAUGAGCUUGCAUCUCAGCUGAAGUAUCAUGAUCUUCAUUACCAUAUGUGUGAAGGGGAGUUGUUAGAAAUGCCAGAUCCAAAAUGGUUAAGUCAUCUACAUGAACUUCUUGAAACAACCAAACACAAGGAAAAAACCAACAUUACAGAAGUUGAUCAAGAUUAUGCUGAAACUAGUGUCAGUCAGAAUAUUUUGGUUGACAAUUACUACCACCAGGCUCCCUCUGCCAGUGUAGAAGGAAAUGAACUCCAAGGCACCUGUCACCAAGACCUAAUUUCUGAUGAAUAUCAUCAAGGAUCGCAUGGAUCCUAUCAUGGUCAUGUUACUACUGUAGAUACAAUGGAUGGAGGACAACAGAACUGUCUCCCACCUUUAUCUCAGCCAAGCACAGAUGGUUUAGAAAUGCCAUCUAAGCAAAAUGAAGUGCAUCAGCUAAGUGAUAGGACAUCACAACCCACGGAGAGUACAACUCCCCAGAUUCCAAUGAUGCAGCCUCCUCAAGACCAGUCAGGUUAUGUACCAUAUGAUGCAAGCUAUUGGUCUGGUUACCAGCAAAUGGAUCCUCACAUGACCCCUUUCACACAAGCAGAGCCAGCAAAAGAGAUGAGCAGUCUCCCACCAUCUUCUGAUGUGAAUGGAGAACACUUGUCCAGUGGUGUAACCUCAUUCUCCCAGCCAAGUAGCAUAAGUAGCUAUACUGCAUACCAACAGCCACCAUAUCAACCAUGGGAACAACCACAGGAAACUCCCACCAUGUCUCUAGAACCUGAUGAGCCCCAGGUAAACUCUCCUCAAGCAAGUCAAGAGGAGGAGCUGCAUUUCUCAGAUGGGCCUGGUAAAAAGGGUGACAAAAACAAGGAGAGAGUGGAAAGCAAGAUUGAAAGUCAUGGAGCAUCUGCAGAGCAGACACCUAAAUUUGAAAAUAAAAUCAAGAGAGUAUCCUUCAAGUCUCGGGCUGAGCUGAAGGAUGAUAGUAAAAAAAAUGAAGAACAGAAGACCUCCUCCAUGCAGCAGACUCGUUGUGGUGUUGAGGCUAAACCUAGGCCCAGUGCUGUUCAUCCCUGUAAUGCAGCAAGUACUAAUGAGGAACAGAAAUCUGAUAAUAAGAAAAAUGACAAGGAAGCUGACAACGAGAAAUCACAAGAAAAGACUAAUACUUGGUCAAUCUCAUCAAUAUUUGGCUGGAAAAAAUCCAAACAAGCAAUACUUCCAGAUGAUAAAAAUCCAUCGAUUGUAUGGGAUGAAGCCAAGAAGAAAUGGGUAAAUCAGGAUGGAGAAGAGGAAGUAGCAGCACCACCCCCUCCUCCACCAAAGAGUCCUUUAAGUGGCAGUGGUGGCCCAACUGUUAUGAAAAUGAGAGGAUUGAAAAAAUCACGAUAUGUCAAUACAGAGAAGGAUGCCCUACAGGCUAACUCAGGUGGCAUGAAUCCAAACCUCAUGGUGCCUCAAGUAACCCCUCCUCUUCCGGGUUCAGUAUUAGCUCCUCAGUUCAUGGUUCCAGAGCCUAAGGACAACUACGAUGACAUACAUCCUCAGACGGCAACAACUCCUCAGCAAGAACCUCAGCAACCUGUUUCACAGCAGCAGCCACCUGUUGCUCUGCCUCCAGAAGUAUCUCAAAUGAGGAGGUCCCGGUAUAUUUCUGAAAGCUCCAUAGAGCUUGAAGAUGACUGGCCACCCACCAAUACUGAGGGGAUGUUGAGUGACAGAGCUGAUAGUACUGGAACUGUACCUAUGAUGGCCCCACCUAGCAUGCAACCUCAGUUCUUUAACCCUGCCCAAUUUACACCUGCAACAUCAAACUCUUCACAUCCAGCAAGGAGGCCUGGCCCUGGGAGACGAGGAUACCCAGUAAAACGAUGAGAGAAGUCUACAGUAGGGUCAGCUUUUGUGAUCGAGACAGGGUUGAAAUUUAGUUUUCUUUUCUGUGAUCUAUAGACUUUUUAUAUUACUUUUCAAGCUUGCUAAAGCUUUGAAUAUAUUUAUUAGAUACCAAAUUUGUAAGUAAAAAGAAAAAAAAAAAGUUACGAAACUUCAUGGUACUAUACAUAGGAAAUUUUGCGAGUUGUGUAGAAAAUUGUUUUGGAAGAAUAUUAAGAGGCAGAGGUAUGACAUUUUAUAUGAAGCUUUGUGCCUGUUUUUAAGUUUUCAUGAUAAAGAGUACUGAUAACUAAUUGUAUUACACUUUAAGAAUGGUGGGUUAUUGUCAUUAUUUUGUAAAUGGUGGAAUUGAACAUUUAAAUAUAUUGAAAUGAAAAAUCAGGACAAAAAGCUUUGCAGAUGUAAAGUGUUCAUUAUCCAUUUCCUUAUUUAGACGCUAGAGAGGUUUUAGCCUUUAUACUUGUGUAUGGUAUUUGGAUUGAAUGGUUGAACCGAAUAGGUUAAUUGUGCAAUUAAUAUAUAACACCUGAGGAGUUAUGAAUUUGAUAAAUAUAUUUAUUUUUUUCAUUUAAUAUACAUCUUACAGACAAUCCUAGCUUUCAGUCAUGUAAGAGGCAAAUAUACUUUUGAUCUGUGCUAAGGUUGAAUAUUUUAUUUGUAAGGUAUAGGAUGCUUAAUAUAACUAAAGAUUUUUCAGAUCCUUGGUUACCUGAUGGCUUGGUGCUAACAGAGUACAGUUGAUGUAAAUUUUGUGAUAAGGGGAUUGUUUGCUGAUAAAUAUUGGUCUGACAACUAUAGUGCCAAGAAUUGUUUUUCCAUUGAUAUUUCCUUAUCUGUCACAAAGAAGGCCAGGCCAUUAUAUGCUUAAACUGCAGCUGAAAUGCCUCUCUAUUAAGAACCUUUCAAAUUAUGACUGGAAGAAACAGGAGAGAGAGUUUUCAUGUUAACUUAUAUCUUAGCUACUUUUUUAUGAAGUAUGCUGUUCACGUGGAAUCUUGGCCAGAUCUUGAAAAUUCAGGUUAGUUCAGAUUUUCAUAUUGCAGUUAGAUUUAACUAUUAGGAAUUAUAGAUAAAAAAUAAAAUAAAAAAAAACAUUGUAACAAAAUCACACUUAAAAGAAAUUCUACAAAUCAUACCUUUUACACCCUUUUUUUUUUUUUUCCUUUCUUUCUUUUUUAGGAAAAUAUUAUGGCAUAACAUUUUUGCUGUGUAUUACACUUGUUUUAGAAAUAUUUUAUUUUAUAUUUUUCAGAUUAAAGAUAUCCUUUUUGAUAAAUGAGAUGUACCGUAUAUAAACCAAUAUUUAAACUGUUGUAGGUUGUAUCCCUAAGUUCUUACAGUUCCAGUGGCUGACAGUAGUACCCACUCAUGGGUGCUUUUACUUCGUUUGGUUAGAAUAUUGGAAGAGGACAUAGAUAAUGUUAUAUUGGAAUUUAUAUAUCUUUUUAAUCCCUUUUUGAACUCGAAAUACUGGAGUUUUGGAUUUUCUUAAUUAUAGUUCAUUUGAUGGUACAUUAGAAAUAUUGUGUUGGUCAUAUAUAGUAUUUUGAAUAUAUUGAUAUUGUAAAAUAUAUAGAAUGCUGAAUUAUCAAUGCAAAUUUCAUUACUACAUCACGAUGCUAAGAAAUAUAAUAAACAUGGCAUCAGUGGACCUUUUGCUGAGAAAUACCAGCAUUAUACUUUGAUCAGAUAUGAUAAAAGUGUUUAUGUAUUUGCUGAUGUUUAGUAAAUUGGAGUGUGUGAGAAAAUUCCUUUGGGACUGUUGCACCAGAACAUGAAAGGUAAGAGUCCCAAAAUAUAUAAUAGAGUAGUAGCUUCUUUUGUUAUAUUUUUUGUUAUUGUAUUAAUUCCCGUAAUUUUGUUCUGAAACCUUAAAAAAAACACUGGUAUGGGGAUAUUAAAGUGUUUUAUGUACAUAUCGGUAUAUUAAAUAAAGUAUAUGUGGUCUCCUUAAAA